UUCUACAUGUCCCUUUUUCUUACAAAAUUUACACUUAAUAGUACUAGUUUUAUUACUAGUUUUAUUACUAGUAUUACUAGUAUUAUUAGUGUUAUUAGUCUGCAUAGACAUUUCUAUAUCAUUGCUAUAGCUAGAAGAUUUAGAAUUACUAUUUCUAGUAUAACUAUUAUAGUUAUUACUAGUAGAACUAUUAUUAUAGUUCUUAGUAUUCUUUAAAGAUUUAAUUCUUCUAUAUUCAUCUAGUAACUGUGCUACUAUUUCUUCUAGAUCUAUAAUAGAAGUAGAUCUAAUAGAUUGUGUAAUAACAGUUACUAUAUACUCAAAAUCUUUAUUUAGAUUAUUAAGUAAUAGAGCAACAAUAAAUCUAUUAGGCAGACUAAUGCCUCUA